AUGUCUACACUGAAAUCCACCAGUGGAAGCGUGACCAACUUGUCAAUAUCAACAUUUUCUUCUAUGUCGUCUUCAACAUCAAUAUCGUCUGCUAUUCCGUCUUCAACAUCGUCUUCUAUAUCUUCUUCGAAAUCACCUUCUUCAUCGCCGAUCUCGAGCACAACUACUGCACUGCUCUUACUAUCUUCGGCGACCAUUGCUGCCAGCCAAGCUGUCACGCCAGGAGUCGCUGCUAAUGCCUCGAGUACUGGGCUCCAAGUUGUCGCGGCAGUAUCAUCGGGUAGUGACUCGACAUCGACUUCAACAUCUUCUGCUCAGCUGUCGUCUUCGCUAGCUUCGACAUCCUCAACAGCAAAUAAAGCAGUUUCCUCGGCAUCUGAGACAAGCAUUACCUCAGAGACGAGCUCUGAAAGCACUCUCCCUGCUACAAGUAGUGCAAUUCCGAGCACAAGCGAAACAUCGGUCUCUACAACCUCGUCUAGUAUUACUACGCCUAUAAACACCUCCACGAGUACAAGCAGCUCAGUACCUGCUACUAGUUCAAGCAGCAUUACAUCCAUCCUGACUGCAUCCGGAUCUCCCACCAUCGUUGAGUCAAGCAGUGUAAUCCCAAGUUCGAUCCUCAUCCUUCCUACCACGACACCCUCUCCAUCUUCGACCACGAAAUCUUCUUCGAGUUCGUCCAUCACAACUGCAACGGCUUCUUCUGAAUCGAACACCUCAAACCCCAGCGCCACCUCUCUGAAGUCAACUUCGCACAAGCUGUCAUCUCAGGAGAUCGCUGGUAUAUCUUUCGGUGCAGUUGCUGCUGUUGCCAUUUUGUCAAUUAUACUAUUCGCACUCUAUCGUCGACGUCGUGCUCGUCAAGCAGCUGCUGUUGCUGCCGUCAACAACAAACAUGGCUCUUUCCCCGAGAGUGCAUGGCUCUACGAUCCUCGUAUGACACCUGCCGCUGCCUCUCCUCGUCCUAGCCGCAGUCCUGUCAGCAGCAUGCACUCUAGUGUCUCGAGCAGUGCCAGCAGAAGAGACGCAGCUCUGCUUUCCGCCAUUGCAACUCCCGCUAUCUUGCCCAGACGCCAAUUUAAGAUGCUUCCACCAACACCUUCUGCCGCCGCCGCUGCUGCAAGUAACUCGACUAUCCCCAGUCCCAUUGCCGAAGUCCCUACACCUAAAGAGACCAAGCGUGAGAGUCUACCCGCAAUCCUGAAAAUCGGUGGUGGCAAGAAGAGACCACUUACCGCCGCGCCUGUGAUGCAGAGGGUCAAGACAGGUCCAAACAAGCCUUUGCCUCCCAGACCUGUUAUCAAUGCGAAGGAUAGGCCGUUCAGUUUCGAGGCGGGAGAUGAUGGUGCUCAACAGUUUGGGAUUGCAAAGUAG